AUGCCCUCACCCUUCUCAGCCCUGCCCCGGGGCCCUGCCGCCACCCCCUGGCCGUGGUCACCGCUGCUGCUGCUGCCGCCGCCGCUGCUGCUGCUGCCGCUGCUGUUCUCGAGCGCCCUGGCCCUGCCCAGUCCGGGGGAGGAGGCCCAUGAGCUGGUGGUGCCCACGAGGUUGCUGGGCAGUGAGGGGGAGAUUGCUCUCCACCUGUUUGCCUUCGGGAAGGCUUUCCUCCUGCGCCUGGCUCCCGACACCAGCUUCCUGGCCCCAGAGUUCAAGAUCGAGCACCUGGGCGGGGCGGGGGGGCCGGUCCGAGGCGAGGAGGGGCUGCGGGGCUGCUUUUACUCGGGCACAGUCAAUGGGCAGCCCGAGUCGUUGGUGGCCGUCAGCCUGUGCGGAGGGCUGAGUGGCUCCUUCCUGCUGGACGGCGAAGAGUUCACCGUGCAGCCCUCGGGCCCGGCAGGCGCGGGGGACCCCCUGACCCAGCCACACCGACUUCUCCGCGGGGGGCGGGAGGAGCGUGCUAGCCUCCUGAAGUCGGGCUCCCCGGAUGGAGGCCCUCUACGGCUGGCGCCCGAGGAAGAUACACAGGAGGGAGACCCCCAAGAGGAAGAAGAGGAAGAGGAAGAAGCGGAAGGAGCCAGCGAGUCCCCGCCGCCACUGGGGGCCACCAGCAGGACCAAGCGCUUUGUGUCGGAGGCUCGAUACGUGGAGACGCUGCUGGUGGCGGACGCUUCGAUGGCCCGUUUCUAUGGGUCGGACCUGAAGAAUCACAUUCUGACACUGAUGUCAGUGGCGGCUCGGAUCUACAAGCACCCCAGCCUGAAGAACUCCAUCAACCUAGUCGUGGUCAAGGUGUUGGUGGUGGAAGAUGAGAAGUGGGGGCCAGAAGUGUCAGACAAUGGGGGUCUCACCCUUCGCAAUUUCUGCAGCUGGCAACAGCGAUUCAAUCCCACCAGUGACCGCCACCCUGAACACUAUGACACUGCCAUUCUGCUCACCAGACAGGAUUUCUGUGGGCAGCAGAGCUGUGACACCCUAGGUGUGGCCGACAUCGGAACCAUAUGUGACCCCGACAAGAGCUGUUCUGUGAUUGAGGACGAGGGGCUCCAGGCUGCCUACACUCUGGCUCAUGAGUUAGGACAUGUCCUGAGCAUGCCUCAUGAUGACUCCAAAACCUGUGAGCGACUGUUUGGGCCUAUGGGCAAGCACCAUAUGAUGGCUCCUCUCUUUGUCCACCUGAACAAGACAGUGCCCUGGUCUCCUUGUAGUGCCAAAUACAUCACAGAGUUCCUGGAUGGAGGACAUGGCCACUGCCUACUGGAUGCCCCAACUGCAGCUAUCCCUCUACCUUCCAACCUCCCAGGCCGAGAGGCCCUCUAUAAGCUAGACCGGCAAUGCCAGCAGAUCUUUGGACCAGACUUCAGCCACUGUCCCAACACCUCAGCCCAGGACAUCUGUGCCCAGCUUUGGUGCCGUACAGAUGCUGCUGAACCUCUCUGCCAUACCAAGAAUGGCAGCCUGCCCUGGGCCGAUGGAACACCCUGCAGAGAUGGCCAUCUAUGUUGGGAUGGUAGCUGUCUGCCUGAAGAGGAAGUGACAAAGCCAAAGCCUGUCGUGGAUGGAGGCUGGGCCCCGUGGGGACCAUGGGGAGAGUGUUCCCGAACAUGUGGAGGAGGAGUGCAAUUCUCCUACCGAGACUGCAAGGACCCUGAGCCGCAGAAUGGAGGCCGGUACUGCGUGGGCCAGAGAGCCAAGUAUCAGUCCUGCCACACUGAGGAAUGUCCACCUGAUGGAAAGAGUUUCAGAGAGCAGCAAUGUGAGAAGUACAAUGCCUACAACUUCACUGACAUUAAUGGGAAUCUCCUUCAGUGGGUCCCCAAGUACGCAGGGGUGUCUCCCCGGGACCGCUGCAAGCUGUUCUGCAGAGCUCGAGGAAGGAGUGAGUUCAAAGUAUUCGAAACCAAAGUGAUCGAUGGAACCCUGUGUGGGCCAGAGACUCUAUCCAUCUGUGUCCAUGGCCAAUGUGUCAAGGCUGGCUGUGAUCAUGUGGUAGAUUCCCCUAGGAAACUGGACAAGUGUGGUGUAUGUGGGGGCAGUGGCUCUUCAUGCAGGAAGAUCUCAGGCUCACUCAACCACUCCAAGUAUGGAUACAAUGACAUAGUCACCAUUCCAGCUGGGGCCACCAACAUCGAUGUGAAACAGCGAAGCCACGGGGGAGUUCGGAACGAUGGCAACUACCUGGCCUUGAAGACUGCCAACGGGCGAUACCUGCUCAAUGGAGACCUGGCCAUCUCAGCCAUGGAGCAGGACAUCCUCCUAAAGGGGACCAUCCUUAAGUACAGUGGCUCUAUUGCUACCCUCGAACGGCUCCAGAGCUUCAGACCACUGCCAGAGCCCUUGACUGUCCAGCUACUGACUGUUUCCAGUGAGGUCUUUCCCCCAAAAGUCAAGUACACCUUCUUUAUUCCCAACAAUGUAGUCUUCAAACCUAAAGGAAAGGAGAAGACGACCACCAACAUCAUCCAACCCCUGCUAAAUGUGCAGUGGGUCCUGGGGGACUGGACUGAAUGCUCCAGCACCUGUGGGUCUGGCUUGCAGAGGCGGACAGUGGAGUGCAGGGACCCCUCUGGCCAAGCUUCAUCUACCUGCAACAAGGCUCUGAAGCCAGAGGACACCAAGCCCUGUGGGAACCGACCCUGCCCCCUGUGACCCAGUAAAAGUCUAUGGUCCUCAUGCUCAUGGACAUGGUACUGGGGAAUGGACAAGGGCAGCCACCUAUGAUGACAACAUUAGUUGGGGCAAUGUAUCCCACCCUGGCCUCCUAUUGCCACAGCCCCCUGGGAACUACAAAAAUGAAAAGGGGGAGGAGGGAAGAGGGACAAAUCAUAAUGGCUGUUGAGUGGACCUUGCUUGGGUUCAAAUAGAGGGUAUAGGUUUAAAGGCAAAAAUGCACUUACUGACCUAAGUAUAAACCUGGUGUCAACCUGUUUUCAAAGGACUAUAUCAGACUAAAACUGAUCAAGGAAGAAGAACAAAGUGCUGUUUGGUUUCCCCAAUAGAUAAUCUACCUCAAAGGGGAAAAAGAAAUAGUGGAAAGGGAAGGGAAAGAAAAGUUCUUUCAGAAUAAGGGAUGUUAAAUAUGUCCCUCGAGCUGUCUUUAAAAAGAUGACAAUGAUAUCCUCAGUAUUAAACUCCAUUGCCUGAAAGACUACAAGUAAUAAGGAAAAGUGGGUAGCCAGAUGUUCCCAAAGCAUCUGCCUGAAGGAGAGAGAUCCUUUUCAAGUAUUUAUGCAAAUGUGUGUUGGACUAAAGUGUGAUCUUGUACUAAUGUCA